AUGAAGUUCGGUAAAACAUACGUGACCCAUCAGAUUCCAGAAUGGUCUAUUUAUUAUAUGAAUUACAAGCAACUUAAAAAGAUAAUCAAGUCAAUCGAUUCUGUUGCCAACACAAAUGUCGAUGAAAGUAAAUAUCCAGAAAUUAUUUCCGACACAUUAGGAUCUUUCUUCUACGAUUUAGAUAGAGAUAUAGAGAAAGUUGACUCGUUUUACAACACCAAAUUCAAGGAGUAUAAUCGUCGUUUGAAUAAAAUAUUUCAAGUUUUAGGUUAUCAGGAUGGACAAAUCACACAUAAUAUCGACUCAAACGAAGAAUUGGACGAAAUCAUCAACAUUUUGAUAGAACUUAGGGGUCUAUUCCGAAACUUGAAAUGGUUUGCCGAAUUGAACCAUAAAGGAUUUAUUAAGAUUUUGAAGAAGUUAGAUAAGAAAUUAACAUCGAUUUUGCAACAAGAUGGCGGUGUGACGGUUGGUGAUGUUUCCAACCAUAACCAAGAAGCCUAUAUGGGCAGUAGAAUCAACGCCUUGCCGUUUGCUAAUGGUACAGAAUCUACCAAUUGCUUGGAUAGUAUUCAUAAUAUUUUAUCGAGAAUUGAAACCAGAAACAAUGUUGUUCAGGAAACUAUCCCUGUGAAAAACAACGAGAAUUCGAUGAGUGCUCUCAUUAAAAAUGAUGACUUUGAAGGGUUGAAGAAACACAUUACUAUCAAAAGCUCUCAAAAGUUUUUGAUAUCUACUUUAAAUAAAGCUGCAUUGGCCAAUUCAACCAAAUGCAUCGACGUUAUUUGGAGCCAACUUGAUAUGUUAUACGAUGAUUCUGAUUUCAAUGGCAGAAACUUUUUCCAUCAACAUAUCAUUAGUUUAGGGAAGGCCCAGUUCAUUAGAGAGGAACAAAUUGUUCCUGGAGAAGUGACAAAUAGACUUAUUGGUGGCGAUAAUGGUCCUGAUAACAGUAACAAAAACGACAACCCUGUCGGAUUACUCUACAUCCUCAACAAAUUGAAACAUAAAAGGUUGAUUUUGGCUGAAGAUCACUACCAUCGUACACCAUUGCACUAUUCCUCACAGUACGGUUUGGUUGAAGUAACAAGAUAUCUAGUAGAGUUUGGAAUCAAAUGGGGGUUGAUUAAUACAUCGAUUUCUAUAGAUGAUGUUAGCAUUUGGGGAGACCAAGAAGGGUUAACACCUUUGCACUUGUCAAUUAUAGGUAAACAUCCUAAAACCACUGAAACUUUGCUUAGUUUCAAUAAGGCCCAAACUUUAACGUGUCCCAAUUUAUUAUUGUUGGCUGUUCGUUUGAAUUCACCACAAAUCUUAAACUCCCUUAUUGUUGAAGGUAACAUAGACGUCAACUACACUGAUAUAGAUCACCGCAAUGAGACAGCUUUGUACAUUGCGUCUAAAUUGAAUCAUCCUGAUUUGGUUGAGUUUUUGUUGGAAUCAAAUGCAAACACUGAGAUUGGGGAAAAUGUAUUUGGAUGGACACCAAUUUUCAUUGCUGCCAGCGAAGGGUUUAUGACAAUUGUUAAAUUAUUGAAAGAAUAUGGUGCCUUGUACGAUAUUGUUGACGAUUCAGGCUGGUUGCCAAUAGAACAUGCUUGUCUUAGAGGCCAUUUGGAUGUUACUGAUCUUUUGCUUCCAAAGAAUGAAAAGCUAUUGUUGUACGACAUGUAUCAUCCAGAAAACAAUUUGCCAAGAAUCCCAAGUCUUGCAGCUAGUCCUGUGUUGACAGGCUCAGACGAUGGUACUGUUUCCACCUCUAGUAUUGACAAACUUCCAGAACCACAGAAGAACACUGUUAAUCAAUUCUAUAAACAACUAAAAAAUAAUUCUUCCAACAAUGUUUCCAGAUCAACAUCACCAAAACGUAACAAAAGGUAUAAACCAGUGAAAUCUUUUGGUCACCGAUACUUGAAUGAAGAUGAAUCUUUGAUAUUGCUUACUUUGGGGACGACCGACUUGCGCGACACCAACGUCCCUGUUGAAUUAAACAAAGUAUCCUUAGCUAGAAGUUUUGCUACGGAAUUGGAUACUGCCUUAUCGCUAUCAAUUACUUGCCGCCAUAAAUCAACAAAUAACCCAGUGGAACCACCUGUAGUUGUUGAUUUACCGUUAGAAGAUUUCCAUGGAAGUGCAACCGACCCCAUUUCAUUCAAGUUAUCGAACAAUUUGACCGUGAAUGAUGUGAUAAUUACAUUUGAUAUAAUCCCAACUUAUCAAGUUAACAAAAAAGUAAUCGGAAGGGCAAUUGCUUUGCUUAAAGAUGCAUACACCAAAGUGGGUCCAAACUUGCGCUCGCUAAAUAAUAGCAUUGCUAUUCCAAUAAUCGAGUCAACAAAUCUCGACAUCUUAGGGACAAUCCGAUUUGAAUACUUGCAGGUCUUGCCUUUCAAGCACAGGGCCAUGAGCAUUGCAAGAAGUGACACUUACUGGAAACAACUUGUGUCCACUAGAGUAAUAGGUCAUCGUGGUUUAGGUAAGAAUUUAAGUGGCAAAAAGUCAUUACAAUUGGGUGAAAACACCGUUGAGUCAUUUAUUGCUGCUGCAUCAUUAGGAGCUUCCUAUGUCGAGUUUGAUGUGCAAUUGACAAAGGAUCAUGUUCCUGUUGUUUAUCACGAUUUCACUGUUGCAGAAUCUGGAGUUGACAUUCCAAUGCAUUUAUUGACUUUGGAACAAUUCAUGGGGUUUAAUAGACCUACAGAAAAACCUACUCAUACAGUUGAUGACGAAGUUUUAACAAGGGGUAAACAGAGGGCGCAAUCAUCGUAUCAAUUGUCAAAUAAUCACAACGACGAUAUUGACAAAGAAUUUACCAAUCAAACAGAUGAAAGAAUGAAAUUCACCAAAACAUGGAAAAACCAAGGUUACAAGGGGAACUUGAGAGGUUCAUCAGUUGCUUCUAAUUUUGUUACUUUGCGAGAGCUUUUCCGUAAGGUGCCAAAGAAUGUUGGUUUUAACAUAGAAGUAAAGUACCCUAUGUUAGAUGAAGCUCAAUUAGAAGAUAUGGGAGAAAUAGGUGUCGACUUGAAUUUUUUCGUCGAUACUAUUUUGAAAGUUAUAUACGACGAAAACACUACUGGACGAGAUAUUGUGUUUUCAUCGUUCCAUCCAGAUAUUUGCUUGUUGUUAUCGUUGAAACAACCAACUAUGCCGGUUUUAUUUUUGACUGAAGCUGGUACAGCACCUAUGUAUGAUAUCAGGGCAAGCUCUUUACAGAAUGCCGUCAGAUUCUCCAAGAAAUGGAAUUUAUUGGGUAUUGUAUCUAAUGCAUUGGCAUUGAUCAAAACACCUAGAUUGGCCCAAGUUGUUAAAUCAAUGGGAUUGGUUUGUGUUACAUAUGGUACUGAGAACAACGAGCCCGAGUUGGCUAAGAUUCAGAUGAGAGCUGGUGUUGAUGCUGUUAUUGUUGAUAGUGUUUUAGCAGUAAGAGAAGGAUUGAGGGAACAUAAUGAAACCAUGAAUGAACUUGAAGACUCCCCCACUGAAUAG